AUGCGUUCUACUUUCUCUCCUUUUUGCCUGUGGAUACCAUUCCUCGCAGGGUUUGCGUACGCCAACAUAAUAAAUGCAUGCCCCAAAGGCCCUCAAGAAUCCUCUGGUCCGGGUAAAACCAUCUAUCUUCAGACCAAUGAGCAACAAAACUCGAUUGUUUCAAUUCCUAUCGGACAUGAUGGGAAGCUCUUUGGCGGUAUGACCAUCACCACGGGUGGCAGGGGAGGUGACAGUAUCGACGGGACCACCAACAAGCCUGCUGCUCCAGACGCCCUCUCAUCGCAGGGUUCAGUGAUAGUGACCGACAAGUAUCUUUUCGUCGUAAACGCCGGAUCCAAUACUCUCAGCAUGUUCAGAAUUGGCGAGACCGAUCCCACUCACUUGUAUAUGGUCGGCAAACCGGCCAUCGUACCUGGUGAAUUUCCUGUUACGGUUGCAGCUUCAGUGAAGCGAAGCGUGGUAUGCGUCGGAUACACGGGCGCUAAGGCUGGUACUUCUUGCGCUUCAUUUACGUCUGAGGGACUCGGUCAAAUGAAGCAAGCCGUUGAAUUUGACCUUGGCCAGACCACGCCUCCAAUAGGGCCCACAAACACCCUCGCGCAGGUAUUCUUCACUGCAAAUGAUACUCGUUUGAUCACCACUGUCAAGGGGGAUCCGAAUACCAACAAGACCGGUUUCGUCUCUGUUCUACUAUUCAAAGAUUCACGAUCAUACACCUUUGAAAGCCGUGAUACCCGAAGCUCACCAUCCGGGACUGCUGUGCUAUUCGGUGGUGUUAAUAUCCCCGACACCUCUGAUCUCUUGAUAACAGACGCGUCGUUUGGGGCCACACUCCUCAACCUCAAUUCGACAACAAAUAAGGUGUCUAUUCAGCGCACUUUAGUCAUUGAAGGCCAAAAGGCAACGUGCUGGGCUGCUUAUUCGCAUGCAAGGGAAAGUGUCUUUGUCACCGAUGCCGCAGCCAAUCGACUGAUUGAAAUCAGUGAAGAUGGCUCCAAAAUCAUGUCAACUCUUGACUUGAAGAAUGGUGACCCUGGGCUUAUUGAUAUUCAAAUUUCUGGUCGCUUUGUUUACGCUCUUUCCCCCGGCAAUGGCACAACACCUGCUGCGAUCACUGUGGUUGACUCCUUCCAGGGUCGUCAGAUUCAGCAUUUCAUGCUCAACAAGCUAGGCGUAGGGAAACGCUCCCAAGGUAUGGCUAUAUUUGAAUAG